CAAUUUCGUUUCAGUUUUGAAUGUGUUGCGCAGGACAAGAAUGCUAGCGAAGUAUUAAUUUUUUUAAUAUUUGAAGUAUAUUCAGUUCAGUUAAUUCCAGUAUGAAUUCUAAACUUUAUUCCCUUAGACCUAGGAAAAGUAUUUCUUUGUUGAUCCAAAAAAGGAAAUCAAGCCAUCGAGCCAAACUCAAAAGGGAUACAAAUGUUAUUAAUGGUAGAAGAGUACUUCGAAGUUAUAGCAAGUUUUGUUCGACUAGUUUGACUUUGAGAUCUAAAGACAAAUUAAAUAUUGUUAAAGUCAAGACCACCGGGAAAGUUGUUAGGGAAGGUCAAAGAAGCAAAUCUCAAGUUAAAGACAUUAAAAGAGUGGCUUCAGUUAGUUCUCGUAAAAAAUAUAUUAAAAUUGCUAGCCAACUCCCAAACAAGAAUAUAAGUUAUGGUAUAAAAUUCAAGACUAUGUUUGCUAAAAUUAGUGCUGGCCAAAAUUCCAAGCAAGUCAGAAAAAAAAUUAUCGCCAAAAAAGCACAAAGUAGACAAGUUGUUGUCAGGGGCUCCCCAGCAAAUCCUGCUGUUCCUUCAACUAGUAAACAAAGUUUAAUUAAAAAAGUUGUUAAAAGCAAGAAAGAGAUAAAACCAGUUGCUAAGAAAACCCAAAGCAAAAAAUCUGUAGUCAAAAGGAAAAUAAAAAAGGUUGUUCAUGUUCGUUCUCGCAAAAGAAAUUUCAAAAGGCCUGUAAAAAAAAUUGUAAAAAGAACCAACACUGCAAAUACUAAUGCCAAAAAAGAUGCUGGAAAGAAACCUCAAUAUUGUGCUGUAUGCUUGAAUGAGUACAGGUUUCCUAUAAAGUUACCAUGCUCUCAUACUUUUUGUUUCUUGUGUGCCAAAGGGUUCAUUUUACGCAAUGGGAGGUGUGCUCUUUGCCGUCAAAUUGUGCAACGUUCAUUUCUUUAUAAGCCAGUAAUGGUCAACAAAGUAGUUCUUGAAGAGACAAAUGAUUUCAAAUGGUUUUAUGAAGGUUCCUGUAAUAGUUGGUGGCAAUAUGAUGAUGAGUCCAAUGAUAUAAUUGAAGAAGCAUUUCAGAAUGGCAGUGAAAAGUGUGAUGUUAUGAUUGCUGGUUUCAUGUAUGAAGUAAAUCUUAAAGAAAAGUUUCAACGCAGAAAGUAUGAAUUUUCUAUUAGCCGUCGUAUUAAAAGAGCCAAAGACACUAUAAACAAGAAAGGUAUUGCUGGAGUUCCUAUUCAGCCUUCAAGAAAGAAGAAAUGUUUGAUGCUUUCAAGACUUCAAUAAGUUUUGUUCCUUUUUGUCUGGUGCUGCUUUUAAAGCAGUUCAAUUCAAUCGAGCUUGUUUAUUUUUUUUAGUUCCUGCUAAUUGAACAUUUAACUUUCAUUUUGGAUGUUGGUUUUCUUUAGAAUUACACUCUUCUAUAUGUUAACCCCCCCCCCCCCCCCCCGCCCCUUUUUGUUUCAGAUGUAUAUUUUUUGAUAAUUAUUAAAUUGUGUUUAAGUUUUUAUAAUUAUUGCAAGUUUCUACCAAGUUUUGUGUCUUUUAAGCAAUACUUUUUUUUGUGUGCGUGUUUAUAUGAUUCAUGUUAUUACAAUUUACCAUUUAUUGUGUACUAUGCUUUUUAAAAUUAAAUCUUUUCCGUAUUUGUUUAAAAAAGCACAGUAAUCCCUUGAUAAAAUGAGGCAGUGAGAAGCAAAGGGAUGUACUUGGAUAUUUUCAAGAUUUGAAUGAUAUGCAUUUAAAGUUGUGAUCCUGGGUGGGCUUUCAUUAAAAAGUUUUUCUUAAUCAUGCUGUUUAGCCUCACCUACCAUGGCAACGAGAACUAUUUCUUGCCCCAAACAAGAGGUCAGGUUCACCUAUCAUUUGUACAGGCUCUCUAAAAUAUUGAUUUUAGCAUAUUCUUUUGCUUUUCACUGCCUUAAAUGUAUUUUUUUCUCCGAGGAUUGAACAAAUUGAAUUUAUAUCCUUCAUAAUUUUUAUAUUAAGAAUUCAUUUUCAAAUAUCCUCCAAAAGAUACUGAAUUUCCUAUCGACUCUUUCACAUAGUUUGGCUUAUUAUUUUUCAUUAUUAUUUUUUAUUUUUUAAAGCUGAUGUUUUGUAUGUGAAACUUGAAUUUUGAAGAUAAGGCUUCAUAGUUGUAAAAAGCUAUUUAGAAAGGGAUUUUAUAUAACUUUGUGCCUUAUGUUAACGAAUUAUUUAACUGUUACGAAUUAUUAACUGUAGGUUAAGUAGUUUGUUUAGAAUAAAUGUUGAGCAUUACAGAGCCGUGUCCAAGGGGAGGGUUUUAGGGGUUAAACCCCUCCCAUUGGGGAAACAAAUAUGUGUCAAACAAAGAAAAUUAUUGACUUAAAUUAACUUUAAUGUGAAAGUCUGCAUUUAGAGCUUUUUUUCUCCUUUCUCUCUGAAGUUUUUCUGUAAUUUAACUCAUAUCAGUAAUUCUGUAAUUUUUUGCUCUAAUUCAACUCAGUUGGAUCUAAACCCUAAACGCUUGCAUUUCUUUCUUCUUUUUUAACUUGAAAAGUUUUACAUUCCAUUCAAAUGUUGUAUAAUUUACAAUUGUUAAAGCUUUACCGACUAAAAUAAUAUUUUGGAAAAACUGUGGUGGUAGGACCACUUAAUGAUCUACCAAUACAAAGCAUUUAUACUGCUUAUUGUAAGGAGGUAAUGAUGAAUUUGGCAUAUGUUGCAGCUAUGAAAAUGUAUUGGCAAUUGUGUUUAGUAAUGUAAUUUCCAUCUACAAAAAGCUCAUUCUUGUUUAGUUUACAAGUAAGAACGUAUUAAGCAUUAUUUCAGAACAUAAAAUCUGAUAUACAUUCUACAUUAUAAAAAAAUUGUGGAGAGUUUUUAAUUCUUGUUGCAAUAUAAACCACAUAGUAAACAGGUUUAAUUCAAAAGAAAUAAACAAGGUUUGAUUAAAGUGAACCUGUAAAAUGAAGGAAUAUUUUGGUUAAGAGUUAUCCUUUUAGGGGAAGGGGGGACAGCAAUACUUACAGGUGCAUAAACGCCAUACUGGGAUCGACAAUUUGUCGUAAAACUAAAGGAAGUGAGAGGGUUGAAUCCCCCCCCCCCACACACAUAGGUAAGAUUAAAACCCCUCCCUUUAUCAAAAUCUGGACACGAGCUUGCAGCAUUAUGUUUUCUUUGUAGUUUUAUACACUCCAGUUCUAUUUUUGUCUAGAAUUUCAAUUCCUAAUUCAAAUAUCUCUGUUACCUUCCCUUAUAUGCUCAUGUCAAACAGUUUUUUUAGUGAUGUUCCAUUUUUUAGUUGAAUUGUGAAAAAAAUGCUUUAAAAAAUAUUUUAAUUGAUAUUUUCCCUGAACAUAGUAAAAACAAGGAAGUUAUGUAAUGCAGUUAUUUUACUUUUGUUUUACAUUUUUUAAAAUUAUAUAUUUGAUGUAUGUUAUUAUUUUUCACUUAUUUUUUAAUUUAUGUUUUUCAUUGUGCACAUAUUUUAUUUCAUUGGAUUUUGAAAAAACAUUUUAUUUUUCUGUUAAACUCUUCUUUCAAAUCAAAGAUUCAAGAAUAAGUGCAAGAAACAGUUCAUAUAAGUCAGAGACUGUUGUUGAAAAAUAGUAUCCUGAAAUAUUGAGUUUUUGUAAAGUUUCAGAUUAUAUUAUACUCAAGUUAUAAAAAUUCUUGAAAAGUUGCAAUAAAAAUACUGGAUUUUCG